CUCGCGUCAAUUGCUAAUUCUUGGAUGGAGGGCCCUCCAACCCAAGCACGAAAUCAAUGUUGAAGGAAUUGAGACUGGAGGAGAAGAGGCGCUUAAUAUCCUUUAAGAUGAACAUCCUGAUUUUCUUUGGUAAAUCGCCACCAGUAAUAGAACAUCAGGUAUACCCCAUUUGGCUCUGCCCACACAGACUGUACAAGCUCCCCGUCAAAACUAUGGUUUAUCCUGAACCAGGCUUUGAGCUACAUCGAAGGCAGGGAGACACACAUUACUCUCAGAUGUACACUGAUGUUGGGGUCUACUAUGCACCAGGCCCUGUCUCGAGGGGUGAGGUUUUUGAUGGUGCGGGCGCUGUCCGUCAAAUGGAGAAUUGAUUGAUCGAAAAUCAUGGGUUCCAGCCACAGUAUGCAGUAACAGAGUUGACUGAGAAAAACUUCUGGAGGAUGUUUGAUGCUGGGCUCUAUGAACACUGCAGGAGGAAGUACGGAGCUGUGGGGACCUUCAUGAGUGUGUACUACAAGUCCAAGAAGGGGAGGAAAACGGAGAAGGAGGUUCAGGAAGCCGAGCCAGCACAGCUAGAGACUGCUUAUGCUGAGGUUGAUCAGCCAAUGGACUGAUUUUGAUGUAGACUUGAAUUCUAUUUGGUGGGUGUUCUGGUUUUUACCUGCUGAUUUGUGGCUGUCUUCGAAUUUCAUUUCACUUCCCCUCUGCUUCUCGGAUACGGUGGUUUCGAUACACCAUGACCAGGUACCCUGAGUUUGCUAACUUGUUGGGUAUUGUGUGCUUUGUAACGAAUUAGAUUAGACUAGUAAUAAGUGAACCUGUGCUUUCUCUAUCGCCGAAGUUCAAGUAACACAUUCAGUUAUCACUUC